CGAGCAUGAAAAUGCUAAGCAUCCGCUCGCCCUUACGCUCUUCAACCUUCUCGCGAGCUUCUUCAAUUUCACUCCUCGUGCACACGCCCUCGCAAACCCUGCCGAAAUCCACCACCGCCACCAAAACAGACAUGCAAGAAAUCAUGCAAAGGAGCCCCACCAGUUCAUCCUCCACGCCCAAGCAACGCCUGAGAGAACAGCGAGUCGGAGACCUGAUCCUGCACAAGAGACGGCUUGUGGACGUCCCCCACACAGCCUCGCUCGCCGACACCAUGAAUGUUCUCGUGACCAACCGCGUGCUGGCGGUGCCAGUGGCGGCUCCGCCGGGGCGCUGGAUUGGGGCAGGCGGGUCCAUGAUCUUGGAGGCCGACCAGGAAACCGGCGCCGUAAGGAAGCAGUACAUAGGGAUAGUGACCAUGCUUGAUAUACUGUCUCACAUAGCAGAAGAUGGUGAUUAUGAUGUACAGAAAGUAAGAGAUGAUCAGAGGGAUUUAGGGAAGAAGAUGGCCACCCCGGUUUCGUUGGUUAUUGGGCACAAUCUUGAAGGGCUCAGUCUCUGGACAUUUAAUCCUAAUACUAGCAUCCUGGAUUGUAUGGAAGUGCUUAGCAAAGGAAUCCACAGAGCCCUUGUGCCAAUAGACAGCCACAUGGAGAAUAUUGCGGGAGUUGAGUUAGUGGAGUCUGCCCCUUCCUAUCGAAUGCUUACCCAAAUGGAUGUGGUCCAGUUCUUGAAGGACCAUUCCUCCGAGAUGGAAGGCAUUGCAACACGCUCCAUCCGGGAGGUGGGGGCAGUCAGUCGACAUGUCUAUGUGAUCACAGACCAAACCAAAGUUAUUGAGGCCAUCAAGUGCAUGAGGGUUGCUAUGAUUAAUGCUGUUCCCAUAGUUGCUUCGGAGGAUUUUGAGCAUGAUCACAGCCAACUUUUGGAUCUAGAAGGCGAGGGUCGGAAGCUGAUGGGCACAUUUUCGGCAACUGAUUUGAGGGGCUGUCACUUGGCCACACUGCAGUCCUGGUUAUCUGCAACGGCCCUGGACUUCACUGAGAAGAUCUCGAAGAGCCCUUUAUGCGCAGUCGGCCCCGGCCAGGGCAGUGCAAGGCCGAGAGAGCCCGUGACCUGCACCGACGGGUCGUCCCUUGCAGAAGCAAUGGACAAGGCUGUGGAGAAGCACGUGCACAGGGUGUGGGUUGUGGAUCAACAGGGGUUGCUCACCGGCGUUGUUUCUCUCACUGACAUGAUCCGAGUGUUGAGGGUUGCAAUUGCAUAGGAAAUUAACGUUAUGUACCUCGUUGUAUCCACAAGGGACAAAGUCAAGGAUGAUGCCCCAACUUCUAAGGUCACGUUCUCUAUCAUUAGUGCUUACAGAGUCUUUCGAUCAGUGGGUUUUGAUGAUAGUCGUUAGGCACUUAGGCUAAAAGAUAAUUUAGCUGAAAAACCGAGCUGAGGAGGCCUGGAAUUUGCUUGUGAAACGAGAGAUGUCGAGGCAUUUUCUCA